AUGCCUCUGAUCUCACUUCACCAACAUUUUUCAAACCUUUUCUUCAUCUUCCUACUUAUCCUAUCUUUCAAAGGGUUUAAAAUUUCAGCAACUACAUUUACGUUCAUCAACAAAUGCGACCACACGGUAUGGCCAGGAAUUUUAGGAAAACCGGAUCUCGGAACAACCGGUUUCGAACUCAAAAGAGGAAACACCCAAACCUUCCAAGCACCAACCGGUUGGUCCGGUAGACUCUGGGCGAGAACCGGUUGCAAGUUCGACGAUUCCGGUCACGGAGCUUGCUCAACCGGCGACUGUGGUUCCGGCGAAAUUAACUGCAACGGAAACGGCGCAACACCACCAGCAACACUAGCGGAAUUCACUUUAGGAACAGGCUCCGCCGAUUACUACGACGUUAGUCUCGUCGACGGUUACAAUCUCCCGAUGAUAGUCGAAACCAGCGGCGGUUCGGGUUCGUGUGAAGCCACUGGCUGCGGAGAGGAUCUUAAUCGGAGGUGUCCGUCGGAGUUGAGAGUGGAUGGUGGUGACGCGUGUAAUAGCGCGUGUGGCGCGUUUGGGAAACCGGAGUAUUGUUGUAGCGGCGCGUUUGGUUCACCGUCGAGUUGUUCGCCGUCGGUUUACUCGGAAAUGUUUAAAGCUGCUUGUCCCAAAUCUUAUAGCUAUGCGUUUGAUGAUGCUACAAGCACUUUUACUUGUACUGCUGCAGAUGAUUAUACUAUCACAUUUUGUCCUUCUUCUUCUCCAAGUUUGAAAUCUUUGAUGGAGUCAGGGCCAAGAUCAUCGGUAGAACAAGCAGCAGUAGCUACUAAAUCGUGGAUAACCAAUUUGGCUAUAGGGGACGCCACAAGAAUAAGCCAACCAUUUUCAACUUCCAUCUCUAUAUUUUUUGUGGCUAUCACUUUCAUUAUUUCCUAUUUAUAG